AUAUGGUAAUUUUAAACCAAUCGCCUUUAGGCAUAAGGCCGUUUGAAAAUGUUUUAGGAAGUACUUGUCAGCAUUGUAGCGGAUGUAAACAAACGUAGCUUAGCAAGCUUAGCUCUGUUGCAACGGUAUAGGACUUUAACAAACGUGCAGUGCUGUUUAUAUCGCGAUAGCCUUUAUAUCCGAAAACAGUUCGUUAUAGUUUCACGUUUUCGUAGAAAACGAGUUCAUAUUUAGCUAGCUAACUUAGCUUUUAAACAAGAACAGGUAACAGGGCUCAGCUAGUGUGCAUUCUAACAUAAGCGUGAAAAUACCUCAAAUCACAGUGGACUUCGGUUUAUGAUGUAUGUUAAAAAGUAGUUACCGUUUGCGUGAUAAGAGGACUAGGACCUAUAUACCGAAAGCGUUACACAAGUAGUAAACAGGCUAACGCUAGCUAGCUAGCUAGCAGCCAGACAGGAGCAGGUUAUUCUUUUUAGUGCAUUGUGAGACUGUCACACGCUGCUGACUCUUCUCUUUUUGUUCUAUAUAAAGCACGACCCCGUGUUUUGUAAGGAGUUGUAAAAUACGUCUUAAACUGCUACAAUGUCUACUUCAAAUUUCAAGAAUAAGUGUGUGACCCAAGUCAACUGUAUAUACUGUGACAGUCUUCUGUGUAUGAGAGGGAUGAAAGCAGUACUGUUAGCCGAUACGGAAAUCGAGUUGUUCUCAACGGAUAUACCACCAAACAGGACGGUUGAUUUUGUAGCAAGCUGUUAUUCCACAGAGAGCUGCAAAUGCAAGUUAAGAGACAUUGCAUGUUUAAAAUGUGGGAAUGUUGUGGGAUAUCACGUGGUUGCUCCGUGUAAGCCCUGCUUGCUCUCCUGCAACAAUGGACACUUCUGGAUGUUUAACAGUGAGGCUGUGUCAACCAUCAAUAGACUGGAUGCAACAGGGCAGAACCUGCUGCUGUGGGGAGAUCUACCUGAACUGGAGGGUAGUGAUGAUGAUGAGAGUCUGGACAGCAUUUCAGAAGAAGAGUACCUCAGAUAGAAGCGCAGAUGUCCAAAGGACAGGAAAUUUGACAGUAGUGAACUUGUAACUUUCACCCACGCAAAUUUAGAUUUUAAGCACAUUGUCCAGUUUUUAGAUGAAUGGAAAACAAACGAAAAAGUCUGUCUAGCAUCCCAGCCUUCAAUCUUGAUUUGCAGUACAAGUUACAAUUUGUAAUGGUUUCGGGAUCUUCUCAGAUAAGUUUGUAUGUAAGAGUGCCACUACCAAAGAAGAAAAGUUUCAGUUUUUGUCAAAGGGUUGCAGAAACACAUUGACAAUAAGAUUUUUUACAGACUGUGGAUUAUUCAUGAAGUUUAACGGCAGUAUAUCAACAAUUUGAGACAAUAAUGCAGUUUUUUUUCCUCUGGUACGAACACAUUUUGUGUGGCUUCCAGAUAGAGAUAGAUAGAUAGAUAGAUUGGAUAGAAUUGGAUGCUAGUUUCACAGGUCCGACAUUAUGUUGAAGUCUAAACGAUUUAACAGAAAGAAAAUCCCUUUAACCAUGUUUUAAUGGUUUCCGAAUAUUGUUAAUUUUAAAAGGAAUGUUACUAAUUAUAUAUUCAAGCUGAAUAUCAAUCCAACUUAUAUAAAACAGACAUCAAAUUCUAAACUAGACAUUCAUGCAUAGUCAUAAUAUUUAAGCCAUUUUCUCUUCCUUUUUAUUUUGCACAGCUUUGACAUGAAUUGGCACAAAAUGGCUUGGCUGCUUUGAAUAGAGUAGUUAGGCUGAAUAACAUUUUAGCAUUUAAACUUGCAAUGGUACUUUGCUUAGUUCCCUCCUUUCAUUCGAUGCUCUUUUUUUAAUGUAUUGUUUCAUUAUUUGACACAAGGUAAUUAUGAGAAAAAUCGUUAUUUAGUUACUGUAGACAUUUCGGCGUGACACUGUGUGAUAUAUUUUAACCUUAAAUUUUGCACCUAUAACUCUCAUGCAAUUGUCUAUAUUUGCAAAGACAUAGUGUCAACCAGUAGCAGUUAUUCACAAUACUGUUUACCAUUACACUCAGAAAUCACUGUAGUUUCCAUAUUCAUUUUAAGCGAUUUAAAAUAUGAGUAUGAUGGUCCACUGUAAAUGUGUUACAGCAUUUUCCAUCAUAUUGUGGUGAAGGUUUUGCAAUAUCAUAGCAAAAAGAAUAAGCAACUUAUUUUGUGAUAGCUUUCAGGUGUAGCAUUUUUAGGCGUUUGGAUUUGAAGCAAUUUUGAGUAUGCAUUUGUGACCAAAAUUAAGAAAUGUUUUGAAUUAUAACUUAUUAACAGAGAAUAUAUUUGGUUUAAGUUAUCUUUGUUUUCAAUGUAUUUAUUACCAUAAAAUUACUGUAUUUAUACUGACAUGAUUUAAUUUGUGCCAUGUGAGGAUGAGAAAUCGUUUGUAUAAUUUUGAUCUGCACUGACAAUGUCAUUGGUUUAAACUUUGGGUUGUUUUGUUUGCUGAAUGCCUUGAUAUUAAACUUUUUAAUGUGA